UACGUACUGUCUGUCUCGUCGUGAUAUCUUGUCGGAGGACGUGCGUGUCUUACAGGCCUUAGUAAUAAGACCUAAAACAGUUUUAUAACUCUCAGUGAGAUACGUUAUUCUUUAAAACAUCAACAUGAGCUACCAUAAACCAGACGAGAAAACCCUGCAGGGUCUGAAAGACAUCGCCAAUAAACUGAGAAUUAAUUCAAUCAAGGCAACAUGCGCAUCAAACUCUGGACACCCCACCUCUUGCUGCAGUGCAGCAGAGCUUAUGUCGGUGCUGUUUUUCAACACUAUGCGCUACAAGGCCGACGACCCACGCAAUGCUUGCAAUGACCGCUUCAUCAUGUCCAAGGGCCAUGCUGCUCCCAUUCUUUACGCUGCCUGGGCAGAAGCUGGCUUCGUCAAGGAGUCCGAGCUCCUGAACCUCCGCAAACUGGACUGUUUGCUGGAGGGCCACCCCACUCCGAAACUGGAGUUUGUUGACGUGGCCACUGGAUCCCUGGGACAGGGUCUCGGAGCUGCCUGUGGAAUGGCCUACACCGGCAAACAUUUCGACAAGGCGAGCUACCGUGUGUACUGCAUGCUGGGAGACGGCGAGUGCUCAGAGGGGUCAGUGUGGGAGGCCAUGGCCUUCGCCUCCUACUACAAGCUGGACAACCUGGUGGCCAUCCUGGACGUGAACCGGCUGGGCCAGAGCGAGGCUGCGCCCCUGCAGCACGAUAUGGACACCUACAGGAAGCGCUGUGAGGCUUUUGGCUGGAACACAUAUUUGGUAGAGGGUCACGAUGUGGAGGAGCUGUGCAAGGCGUUUUGGCAGGCUGAGCAGGUCAAAGGGAAGCCCACUGCCAUCGUGGCCAAAACCUUCAAGGGCAAAGGACUCAAAGACAUUGAGGAUCUAGACAACUGGCAUGGGAAGCCCAUUCCCAAGGACCGUGUGGACACCCUGCUGAAGGACCUGCAGAGUCAGAUCCAGUCUCCCAACAAGGUCCUCACCCCGGAGAUGCCCCAGGAGGAUGCCAAGCCUGUGGACUACUCGGCCAUUCGCCUCCCCUCUCCCCCUGCAUACAAACUAGGCGAUAAGAUUGCGACCAGGAAAGCCUACGGUGUGGCCUUGGCCAAGAUUGGACAGGCCAGCCAAAGGGUAGUGGCCCUCGAUGGCGACACCAAGAACUCCACAUUCUCUGAUACCUUCAAGAAGGCUCACCCUGACCGCUACAUAGAGUGCUUCAUUGCGGAGCAGAAUAUGGUCAGCGUUGCCAUUGGUUGUGCCACCCGUGACCGCACUGUAGCCUUUGCCAGCACAUUCGCCGCCUUCUUCUCCCGGGCCUACGACCAGAUCCGCAUGGGUGCCAUCUCCCAGUCGAACGUCAACCUGUCCGGUUCCCACUGUGGAGUCUCCAUUGGUGAGGAUGGUCCGUCUCAGAUGGCCUUGGAGGACCUGGCAAUGUUCCGAGCUAUCCCAACAUGCACCGUGUUCUACCCCAGCGAUGGCGUGUCCACUGAAAGGGCAGUGGAGCUCUGUGCCAACACCAAGGGAAUCUGCUUCAUUCGCACAAGUCGUCCUGAGACAGCAGUGCUCUAUGCUCCCGAUGAGAAGUUUGAGAUUGGACAUGCAAAGGUGGUGCGCCAGUCUGACAGCGACAGGGUGACUGUGAUUGGUGCAGGAGUGACUCUGCAUGAAGCCCUCACUGCUGCUGACCAGCUGGCUGGCGAAGGAGUGAACAUUCGUGUGAUCGACCCAUUCACCAUCAAACCGUUGGAUGCCCGCACCAUUGUGUCCAAUGCCAGGCAAACCGGAGGAAGGAUCAUCACAGUGGAGGAUCAUUACAAAGAGGGUGGUCUGGGCGAGGCCGUGCUGGCAGCCGUGGCUGAGGAACCGGGCAUCGUGGUGCAGUGCCUGGCCGUGAGCCGCGUCGCCCAGAGCGCCAAACCGCAGGAGCUCCUGGACAUGUUUGGCAUCAGCGCCAAGGGCAUAGUCACUGCCGUCAAGGGUACCUUUGCCAACUGAGGAGGCAUCUUGAUUGACACAUCACUUGGCCAUCUGCCCACCCCACCCUGCCUGUCCUUACUGGCCAUAAACUAACACAGAACCAAGCUCAGAAACUCACAAGCUACGGUUAUAACAGCGAGGCAAACCACCACUUGUUAUAUUUAGGAAAUGUUUGUUGAGGUUGUAAUCAUGUUUGGGAUUUUUUUUUUUUUUUUUUUUUUUUUUGUCAAGCAUUCCUCUUAACUCUCUGUACAGUUGGUAGACUAGACCAAGAA